GACCGUGCAAACCGAGCAGCAUCGGAGCUGUUCUGGACGUUGCCCAAACUGCGACCGUGUCCUGGCAGCCCGGAGCAGGAGCGGAGUAUUACGUCGGCCUGAUGACGUCUUCAUCGGGCCACGCUAGCCGCUGCUCCACCAACCUGACCGGCUGCCAGCAGAGCUCCCUGCAGUGUGGAGAGGAGUACAACGUCACCGUCGUUGCAGUUGGAGAGACGUGUAACAGCUCCGCUCAGAUGGCGGGGUACCUCACCACAGCUCCCUGCCUGCCCAGCCAGCUUCAUGUUGACGUCAGCUGCGAGUCUGACGGUGACGCUGCGGUGUCCUGGAGCUCAACCUCCGGCGCAGCAAACGUUUCGCUGAAGGCCCUCGUUGGAGGGACUCUUCAAACUCUGUGCACCACCCAGCAGAGCGGCUGUAACGUGACAGGUUUAAGCUGCGGGGAGACGUACAGUCUCAGCCUCGCCACCAGCAACGAGCAGUACAGCCUCACUGCGCCGGUGCAUGUCAACCUCACCACACGGCCCUGCCCUCCUCAGAGUGUGGCCGUCAGCAUGCAGUGUGGCUCUCGUACCGCUGACCUGUCCUGGGAGGGACAACCUGAUGUUGAGCUGUACACAGCAAGUGCAAUCAAARCUUCAGGGGGAGACGUAACAAAAUACAACUCCACAGGCUCGAGCUGUCGGUUUUCUGGCCUGGACUGUGGAGAAACGUAUACCUUUACAGUCAGAGCGUACGGUCAGGGCUGCUGGAGCCUGACCAGUAACACCGUACUCAUCCAAACAGAGCCUUGUCAGCCUGUGAGUGUUUCUGCUCAGAAGGUCUGCGACAGUGAGGAGGUCCAGAUGUCCUGGCACCAAGCAGCCGGUGCUGUGAAUUAUGUGGUUACAGCCAGAGGAAACCUUGGACACRUGGAGGUCUUCAACACCAACCAAACUGUUCUUUCAGCCACUUUACCUUGUGGACAACACUAUAAUGUGACUGUUCAAGCACACGGCAGCAAGUGUGACAGCAUCUCCAGUACUCCUUUCUGCUUCAAAACUGGUCCAUGCACUCCCUCACACGUGGCUCCCUCUCUGCAGUGUGAGAUGGACAGAGGCUCUGUCAGCUGGAGUCCCAGUGAUGGUGCUGAAUCAUACGUUGCUGUAGCAACUGGCCAGGACGGCCACGCUCACCAGUGCCUCUCCAACACCACUUCCUGCACGUGGACCGACCUGCACUGUGGGGACGUGUACACUGUCGUAGUGCACGCCAAGGCUGACAACUGCAGCAGCCUGCCAAGCAACAGCUCUGUCAUCCACAUGGAGCCUUGUCAGCCUGUGAGUGUUUCUGCUCAGAAGGUCUGCGACAGUGAGGAGGUCCAGAUGUCCUGGCACCAAGCAGCCGGUGCUGUGAAUUAUGUGGUUACAGCCAGAGGAAACCUUGGACACGUGGAGGUCUUCAACACCAACCAAACUGUUCUUUCAGCCACUUUACCUUGUGGACAACACUAUAAUGUGACUGUUCAAGCACACGGCAGCAAGUGUGACAGCAUCUCCAGUACUCCUUUCUGCUUCAAAACUGGUCCAUGCACUCCCUCACACGUGGCUCCCUCUCUGCAGUGUGAGAUGGACAGAGGCUCUGUCAGCUGGAGUCCCAGUGAUGGUGCUGAAUCAUACGUUGCYGUAGCAACUGGCCAGGACGGCCACGCUCACCAGUGCCUCUCCAACACCACUUCCUGCACGUGGACCGACCUGCGCUGUGGGGACGUGUACACUGUCGUAGUGCACGCCAAGGCUGACAACUGCAGCAGCCCGCCAAGCAACAGCUCUCUCAUCCACAUGGAUCCCUGCACGCCUCAGAAUUUGUCUGCUGCUGUGAGCUGUAAUCUGAAGGCCGUGACUCUGAGCUGGGCUGGCAGCGAUGGAGCGGAGCAGUAUUUUAUAUCAGCUCAGACUGGAGUCACGUCAMUUAGUUUCAACACUAACACCACUAAAGUCCUCAUCUCUGAGUUUUUCUGUGGAAAACUCUACAACCURACGGUCACACCUCAAAACCAGCACUGUACCGGCAGCUCAAGUGCACAGACCUCUGUGCAGACAUGGCCAUGCGUACCAUCAGGAAUCUCUACCACGCAGAAUUGUACCUCUGGCAUCGUCACGAUAAUCUGGCAGGCCAGCGAUGGUUCGAACAGCUACACAGCAUCCAUGCAGUCAGACUCCGGCAUCUUAGAAACGUGCACUUCGGGAAACAGUUGGUGCAGCCUUCCUCCUCUGCCGUGUGGGCAUAACUUCUCUGUGUCGGUCACAGCAUCCAACCAGCAGUGUAGCAUCACCUCCACUGAGACCACCAGCCUGCAAUCAGUGCCAUGUGUUCCCACUAACGUCUCAGUGCUCGUGGACUGCUCCAACAACUCUGCUGCUGCGACCUGGUCUCCCAGUCGCGGUGCCACGCAGUACCUGCUGUUGACCAACAGCAGUCACGUCGACAGCAGCUGCCAGGCCUCCGACCUCAGCUGCCUCACGUGCGGCAGCAGCUACGUCAUUCAGGUCGCAGCCAGAGAUGACAGUUGCCUCAGCGCGCCCAGCCAGGCCGUGGUGUUUGACUCAGGACCCUGCCAGCCUCAGAACCUGAGUGCCCAGCUCAGCUGUUCGUCCAACGACCUGACCAUUUCCUGGGAUGCUGUUAGAGAAGUCGACCACUUUCUGGUGUCAGUAACCGACGGGAACGGAGGAACUACUGAGAUCUGCAACACCACGAACCCUGCGUGUUCCACGAGCAACGUAACAUGUGGGAAUACGUUCGCCGUUCAGGUCACCUCAGUGAGAGGCGGCUGUCACAGCGAGCAUGUUCAGUCCCAGGUGAUACAGUCAGCUCCAUGCCAGCCUCAGGGAGUCAAAGGGGACCUCAACUGUGUGACCAACUCUGCCUGGAUCUCAUGGAGUGCCUCUCCUGGGGCGGAGAGCUACACCGUGUUGGCUGUAGGAGAAAACCACCGAGCCAACUGCACCACCUCCACCAACACUACAUGUGAGGUGGAAGACCUGGCCUGUGGCGUUCUCUAUAACUUCACUGUCACUGCAAAAAACAGCCACUGUCAGGGUCCACCAAGUGCCUCCAUCAGCUUGCAGACAGCACCUUGCUCGCUCUCAAGUAUCACCGUCUUGRCUCAGUGCCACAACUCCUCCAUCCUCGUUGUGUGGGACAGCCUCGGGGGAAACACUGUGUACACCGCCACAGCAGUAGCCAGUGACCUCACCUCCUUGACUUGCAAUGACACGGGCAGCAGCUGCAGCCUCCACGGAGCCCAGUGUGGCCUCCGGUACACCAUCAGUGUUGCUGCUUCCACAGACCACUGCAGCGACUUGAGGAGCCCUCCCUACAGGAUUAGCAUGGAGCCCUGUCCACCUGCAGAUGUGACUGUGAUCGCCUCCUGUGAGGACCGUAACACUCUGGUCUCCUGGACUCCUUCUCUKGUUGCUGAAACCUACCAGGUCGUGGCCACGGCUGCGGACGGACAGCGACACAYGUGCAACACCACCGCCAACAACUGCAGCCUGUCAGAGCUGGUCUGUGACCAGCAGUACACUGUGACGGUGACAGCCAGCCAUGAGAACUGCUCCAGCCAAGCCAGCCCGAGUGCCAGUCUGAACACAGGUGCCUGCCAGCCAAGUGGACUGUCAGCGACUCACCUCUGUGAAAACCAAGCUGCAGUGUUAACGUGGACACCCAGUGAGAACGCUGAGGAGUACUACGUCUACGCUCAGGCUGAUAACGGAGACAUGCUCUAUUGUAACAACUCCAACCCUACCUGCACUAUCCAGGGGCUUGGUUGUGGAAUAGUGUACAACUUCUCAGUGCAGGCCUCAGAUGGGACGUGCAACAGCUCCCGCAGUGCCCCUUUACGGACAGGAGCAGUCCCCUGCCCUCCAGCAGCCACUCAGGUGCAGCUGACGCCGAUGGUCAUGGAGAUCCAGGUGUUGCGCUUCAGCUGGACACAGACGCCCUGCGGGGCAACGGAGAACCAGCUGACUUUGACGGGAAAUCUGCAGGGAGACAACAGCUCUCAGUUCGAGCUCUCGUCCUACUGGACAAAAACAUCCUACUUUGAAAUCCCUCUUCCCUGCAGCUCAUACUACCUCGCCACRUUGCAGAGCAGGAAUGCUGCCGGCGUGAGCAACAAGUUCGUGUCCMUGAAUGGAACAACAGCACCUUGCCCCCCAACGGGCGUGUCGUACAGUGGCAACAGCUCRUUUGCCACAGUUUCAUGGACUGCUUCGGUGUUUGCCAGCACGUACACCAUAUAUGACAACAGCGUAAYGCCAAAGACCCAGCUGUGCGCCACCACAGGGCUGUCCUGCUCUCUGGCCAACAUAGCUUCCAGCAAUCUGCUGAUCACAGCCAGCAACGCAGCAGGAGAAAGUGAGCCGGUGUAUAUCACUCAAGUUACAACACAUGCACGGAGGAAGAGGGAUCUCAGUGGGCACGUGUCAGACCAUGCUCCACUGCUGAGCGUCACACAGGUCACCUCAACAAUUACCUUCCUUCAGUGGUCUGCAGUGGAGCACGCCACCUUCUACAACCUGYGGAUCACGAAGCAGCACGGCUCCAACAGGAACCAGAACAUGAACGUGUACGGGGAGAGCGUCAUCCUCACCGACCUCAGCCCCAAGUCUAAUUACUGUUUCUCWGUGUUCGCCGUCUACGCAGCUGGGAGUGGGCCAGAGUCUGAGUCUACCUGUGUGCAAACAGGUGUUACACAGUAAAUAWGGUUUGGCUUGAUAAACUAAAGCUUUUUAAAAUGACAUAUCCAGCACUUAGUUGUAUUAGCCAAUAAAAAUGUUUGAAUAGAACAGWAUAUGCUGCAGUUUGCCAUAAAACUCCACUUUGGUUUCAUUUGCAUGUUUAUUAUUCUUUAAAAUACAUCGGUUUUCUGUUGGUUGACUUCAUUUUUAUAUAAACCCUGUUCUUUAUUUAGUUUUUUUCUACAGCUUAGAGGUAAAGUAUCAGGACCUGUAUAAACAUGAGCAACAUAUGUACUUUGUAACAUUUCUAAAUUUGUAUUUUUAAAAUAUAUAUUCAUGCUACAUUUUAAAUAAAGUUCUGAAAUACCAGUCUUUUUUGAUCAAUACAUAUUGUGUUUUUAACUUUGUGCAUGUUGCUGCAUGCUGUUUUUUAAAUCAARAGGAUUCUUUUUUUGUAAAAGUGUUUUAUUAGAAAACAAAAUGCAACAGAGCAAUAACUCAAACACAACACAAGCAGGGGGGCUGGGUGUGUGUGGUAAAAAUAAACCUUUGGAGUCUGCCCUUCAGGGGAUUAAAACAUUCUCAGACUGUCUACAAACAAUCACGGACAGAACUGUUCAGCAUUGGCUCAGCUGCAUCAUUUUCACGCUUCAGUCUGAAUUUAAACCGAUGACAAAUCCACUUCUGUCCAGUCUUAGAAGUAAGCUAUUUUGUGCAGGUGGAAAAUUUACAACCCAUUACAAAUUAAAUCCAGAAAAUGCUGACGGUAUGAAGCUGAGCCUUCAAGUUCAAUUCUGUUGCAUAACGGUGUGUGAACAGACGCUGCACAUUCUGUACAAACCCAUAUCUUUUUGGGGGCAAAACAAA